CCCCCCCCCCCCCCCCCCAAAUCCACCGCGCUUGCCCUAUCCACCUCAAUUCCCUUCCUCCCGUGGCGGCGGCGGCGGCGGCGGCGGCGGCGAAGGCGGCGGGGCCAUGGGCGGGGGCGGUGACGGCGACGCGUGGGCGGAUCAGGAGCAGGGCAACGGCGGGGGCAGCCGCGGCGGGGGCGCCGGCGGCGGCGGCGGGGAGGCCAAGCGGUCGGAGAUCUACACCUACGAGGCCGGCUGGCACAUCUACGCCAUGAACUGGAGCGUGCGCCGCGACAAGAAGUACCGCCUCGCCAUGGCCAGCCUCCUCGAGCAGGUCCCCAACCGCGUCGAGGUCGUCCAGCUCGACGAGGCCUCGGGCGACAUCGCCCCCGUCCUCGCCUUCGACCACCAGUACCCGCCCACCAAGACCAUGUUCAUCCCGGACCCGCACGCGCUCCGCCCCGACCUGCUCGCCACCUCCGCCGACCACCUCCGCAUCUGGCGCAUCCCCUCCGCCGACGACGCCGACGGCGACGCCCCCUCCGCCAACAACUCCGGCUCCGUCCGCUGCAACGGCGCCCCGCAGCCGGGCGUCGAGCUCCGCUGCGAGCUCAACGGCAAUCGCAACAGCGACUACUGCGGCCCGCUCACCUCCUUCGACUGGAACGACGCCGACCCGCGCCGCAUCGGCACCUCCUCCAUCGACACCACCUGCACCAUCUGGGACGUCGAGCGCGAGGCCGUCGACACCCAGCUCAUCGCCCACGACAAGGAGGUCUACGACAUCGCCUGGGGUGGCGCUGGUGUCUUUGCCUCCGUCUCCGCUGAUGGCUCUGUCCGUGUCUUUGACCUCCGUGACAAGGAGCAUUCCACAAUCAUCUACGAGUCUGGUUCAGGCGGUGGCGGCGGCGGCUCCAAUUCUGGUGCUGGAGAUGGCGGGGCUGCAUCGCCAACACCGCUCGUCAGGUUGGGCUGGAACAAGCAGGACCCAAGGUACAUGGCCACCAUCAUCAUGGAUAGCCCCAAGGUCGUAGUGCUUGAUAUCCGCUACCCGACACUGCCUGUGGUAGAGCUGCAUCGUCACCAUGCGCCUGUCAAUGCCAUCGCUUGGGCGCCUCACUCUUCAUGCCACAUCUGCACAGCUGGGGAUGACAUGCAGGCGCUGAUAUGGGACCUAUCAUCCAUGGGCACUGGGAGCAACGGCGGCAACAAUGGAAAUGGUAAUGCUGCUGCAGCUGCAGCAGCAGAGGGUGGCCUGGAUCCCAUUUUGGCAUAUACGGCAGGAGCAGAGAUUGAGCAGCUGCAGUGGUCGGCGACCCAGCCUGACUGGGUUGCUAUUGCAUUUGCCAAUAAACUUCAGAUUCUCAGGGUCUGAUUGCCUAAUUCCACCUGGUUCACUGAGAAGAGUUAAAAACAAAUGGCAAACUUGGAUGGUGAGGUUAGGCCAUGGGAGGAGGAUAAUCUAUGCUGUGCACAACUGAUAUUCAAUGGUGGGUUGUUUCUAGUGAUAGAACAGAAGAUUUGCUAGUUAGAAGCUGGAAUUGGCAAACUUGGUUUGUAGAUUAAAGUAGCUGCUAUGGUAAUAGUGUUGAUGAUAAUGGGAAUUUAAGUUAGCUUUCGCUUUGUGCUAGCAUGUUCUGCAUCUGCUCAGUAGCGUGUAGAUUCACAACUUAACUUGCUCGUUGAACUUGCAAUGGUCAUAUGUGCCCAUUAAGGCCAUAACCGAUAAGCAUUCUUAUGUGUGUUGCUGUUA